AUUAUGAGUUGUUCCCAGUAGGUAUUUAUAUUACAUGAUUUAGCUGCAAAAUUUCAGUUUUUUCGUUACCUUUGAACUAAAACGGUAAAUACCUACCUGUUAAAAAGUAAAAGUGAAUACGCAACAAAAUUUUAAUCAUGAAAUCGUUCGUGUUUAUCCUGAUGAUAUGUGCUUUAGGAGGCGCUCGAUCCACGAAUAAUACACAAACUACUGUCGACGACUCAAAUGAUGAACGUAUUUAUCCUGGAAAAUACCCUUCUCACGUAAAUAAUCAUUCUUCGCCGAAUUCGACAUUUGCAUCUAAUGAUACCAAUUUUUCGCCGAAUUCGACAUUUUUAUCUAAUGAUACAAAUUCUUCGCCGAAUUCGACAUUUGCAUCUAAUGAUACUAAUUCUUCUCCGAAUUCAACAUUUUCAUCUAAUGAUACCAAUUCUUCGCCAAAUUCGACAUUUUCAUCUAAUGACACUAAUUCUUCGCCAAAUUCGACAUUUUUAUCUAAUGAUACCAAUUCGUCGCCAAAUUCGACAUUUUUAUCUAAUGAUACCAAUUCUUCGCCAAAUUCGACAUUUGCAUCUAAUGAUACUAAUUCUUCUCCGAAUUCAACAUUUUCAUCUAAUGAUACCAAUUCUUCGCCAAAUUCAACAUUUUCAUCUAAUGAUACUAAUUCUUCUCCGAAUUCAACAUUUUCAUCUAAUGAUACCAAUUCUUCGCCAAAUUCGACAUUUUCAUCUAAUGACACUAAUUCUUCGCCAAAUUCGACAUUUUCUUCUAAUGAUACCAAUUCUUCGCCGAAUUCAACAUUUUCAUCUAAUGACACUACUUCUUCGCCAAAUUCAACAUUUUCAUCUAAUGACACUACUUCUUCGCCAAAUUCGACAUUUUCGUCUAAUGACACUAAUUCUUUGCCGAAUUCAACAUUUUCAUCUAAUGAUACCAAUUCUUCGCCAAAUUCAACAUUUUCUUCUAAUGAUACCAAUUCUUUGCUGAAUUCAACGUUUUCACCUGAUGACACUGAUUCUUCGCCGAACUCGACAUUUUCAUCUAAUGAUACCAAUUCCUCGCCGAAUUCGACAUUUUCAUCUAAUGAUACUAAUUCUUCACCGAUAAGCGGAACGACUUCUGGAAAUUAUACGAAUCCGAAUGAAUCAACUACGAAUGCUUCAGCUCUUCCAAAAACAACAACCGCAAAUGGCACUGAAUCAUCAAAUCCUCCUGUUCCAUCAACUGCUCCUACACCACCACCAACAACUGAAUCAAGUGGUAGGAAUAAUAAUUCUACUAGUCCAACAGCUAGUGCAACUACUUCACCAGAAACAAGUUCAGCCACACAAUUGCCGGAUAAAGAUGAUGUAGAUUAUGAAGACCUGAACGACGAUGAAGAGGAUUAAUCUUUUAGCAGUUCAAUUCACAAAGUCUAGAGAUUAAUAUGAAGAACUAUGCCAUCAAAAUCCGCUCAUAACUAUCAAUAUUACAAACUUUGAGAAAAUUUUAUCGGCUAAUCAAUCAAAACGCAUUUUUGGCAAUAUUUCAAAACAUUACCAGACCUACUUAGAGGCAAACUGAAAAACUUGAAUAGGUAUUCCUUUACAAAUAAGUAAUUCACUUAAAUUUUAUCAACGUUUAUUGUGGUUGUUUUUUUUUUUGUGAGAUCUAAUCACCUAAUUAGGUAGAUAUAGCUAUACUACGAUUAUAUGUAUCAUAUGAUUUUAUAUACCUACUUAUUGUGAAAAUUAGCCAUUAAGGUUAGGUACCUACUUAUCUGAUUUUAUUGAUCAACUUGUACAUCAUUCCACAUAUAAUAUACACUCUCGCACAUCA